CGAGGAACGUUUGCUGGUCGUUCACAAGUAAUAAAGUCAAGAAGAAAGCAGAUCGUCUUUUCAGCGGACAAAGAGAUCCUCACGUCUUCUGGCCUUCACCCUUCAUCGAGUACCGUCCACCUAUAAUUUGUUCGUUGCACGACUUUCAGCAUCCAUUGAUGUUCGUGAGUCUGCCUGGGGAAAACGGAGUCGUCUCGUUUGGCAAGUCCAAUUCACAGGUGGCAUUCUAGGUUUCUUGCUAGAAUUGUAUGUCCAUUUCUGUUGCACCAGGCCAGAUACGCAGUCAUAAUCUCAUUGUCGCACAUUGUGAGCAGAUUUCGGGAGAGCAAGAGGGGAUUCAUAUUCGCAGUCGUUGUUCUAAUGCAGUAACAUUGUAGAAAGAACAGACUCAAUAUUUAUUUCAAGAUGGCGUCGAACAGCGACAAGAGUGACCUUGAAGAUGGAGAAAUUGAAGACGGUGAAAUCCUGGAAUCAGAAAGUGAGGGAGAGGUCGAAGAUAAAGACACGAGUGAAAGCCCUUCUCCCCAACAGACCUUGAAGCGUUCUCGUUCCUCUGGUGAGGAAGACACUGACACCAGUAUUCCGAUACCACCUGCAAAAAGAGAAAAACACGACCGGGUUAACCAUGAUCGCGAGGCCGCCUUUCCACGUCGGACGUAUGGCGAAGACUCUGCAUCAGACUAUGAUAGUGAGGAUGAUGAGUAUGAAAUGAAGAACCGGCAUUCGACAAGUGACAAUAGCCCACACAAGAACAAUGGCUAUUCGUGUAGCGAUGCCAGUGACGAGGACCCUUCCCAGAAAAGACGUCGCCAGCCGCGCUCCAGCCUGGAGGCCAUCCAGAACAUGUCCUCGGCGUUUGGAAUAAAACCUCGCCCAGCUGCACCGAAGGCAAGAAAGACCCUCCUUCCAGCACCACCCAAGGAUGGUGUCGAGGAGGACAACUUUGAUUUGGAGCUGUCACGUGCCAAGCUGCGUCAUCUCACCAGGAAGCAGCAACAGCAGCAGCAGCAGCCGCAUCGUGGGAGCUCGCACGGCGCGUUCUACAAUUCCGACGACAGAUCUGUGUCGUCACCGCCAUCGUCACGGUCUGGCCCCUAUCGCCGUGACAGCGUGGACUAUCGCCAUGGGCACACGGACAGCUCGCCGGUAAGACGCGAGACGUACGACCACGGCCACGGGAGCUCCAAGCGUAACAGCUCGUCCCACAGCACGUAUGACUACGGCCAUGGCAGUAGAGACAGAGAUCUGUCGUCGCGAUCGGACGCCAGAGCCUCUCGCAGGUCUCCGGCACGCGAUGACAAGAACGCCUCACCUGCUAAGAGUUCCUCUCUGUCUUCACUGACAACUGGACACCACUUUGACGUGACUGUGGCUGCAGCGGAGGGUGAUUCUCAUCUUCUGGUUGACAAAGGUCGCGAUCGUGGCGGAAGUCGCUUAUCAGCUCGCCGCGAGGAAAAGAACCGUGAGUGGAGAGACCGUAGGAAGCGCGAAGAGGAUGAGGCUUCAGAGCGAGCCGCUCAGAGACCGCUAGUACCGUGUCGCUACUACAUGGAAGGACGUUGUCACAAGGGCGCGGACUGUACAUUCAGUCACAACGUGAAACGUGAGAAGAAACCAGAGCUGUGCAAAUUUUAUUCGCAGGAUUGCUGCUCCAGAGGCGAGAGUUGUCUCUACAUGCAUGAGGACUUUCCGUGCAAGUAUUUCCACAGUGGCACGUACUGCUUCUCAGGUCCAGCGUGCCGUUUCUCUCACGACCCUCUCACCGAUGAGAGGAGAGCCAUGUUGGACAGGUACAACAACCUGCCGAAGAACACUCCAGACUAUUCUGAUGACAAUGUUGCUGUGUCGCCACCGCCCAGCACCACAGAAGUGGCCGACUCCACCGUGGCCUGUGUUUCCCAGUUCAAGCUAGCAGCGUCGCGCACCAUGCCGCAACGCUCUGCCCUGCUACCGGUAACACCGUCGCUAUACAGCAGCACCACGACCGACUAUGACGACAUUGCUGCCCGCGGACUGUACAGCGAAGAUUCCAACAACCCAAGCCAGUCCCAGCUGGACAGCCAGACGGAGGCGGCUGCAGAUGUUAGUCAAGCCGCCAAUGCAUCGUCAGUAGGAAAACCACCCGCUACUGCUGCUCCGGCUGCAAACUCAGAGGCAGCUGUUGAAGAAGAGGAAGAGGAGGAAGAAGAAGAAGUGUUCAUCUAUCGACCGUAUGCCACUGCUGCUGACACGUCCAGCUCCAUUGCAAAUGCGGACAGUGGUGGCAAGUACUCGUCCAUGGCCGGCAACGACGAUGACGAUUCAGACGUUGACACUGCGCCGUUGAUGAUCGAUAUGGAGGAUGGUGAGGAUGGAGAGCCCAUGGUCAUUCUAGACAUGGAUGAUGACAGCUACGAGUCUAGUGUGGGGUGUCGUGCGCCCUACGACAUGCCACUGCCGCGCAGCUCUUUACGCCGUCCUAAACUACCCACACUGCCGCCUAUGCAGCGUGAUCCCGUUCCAGAAGUGAUGCCACAGGUAAAGAGCGAGCCAGCCCCAGUGAAGCAAGAGCCAAACGUUAUUGUGAAAAUGGAUAGAGAAGUGCGCACUACCCCUGCCACUGCGAUCAAGACGGAGGUACCCGCAGCAGCGGCAGCAAGGCAGCCAAUCAUUUCCACAGCCACCGCUCCUUCUGUCCCUCACAACGGAGAUGUCACGCUGCUGGCUGAGUCAUUAGCGUCUGGCAGUGACAUUGAUCGCCAACAAAUAGAUAUUCUGAAGAAGCUGGUCGAGGUGAUGGAGAAGAAAGUGAAUGAGAAACAGCAGCAGCACACCCCUGGUGCCCAAGGAGGCAACUCUGGAGGUUUGUUAGAGGAGGCUGCCGAGACGUUGAGAGCUCAGAGCACCGAUCCCCACCUUCAAUCUAUGGCUGGUGGUAUGGUCAUGCAGUCGACAGCAAUGUCCUCUACUAUGCCUCAGCCAAGUUCAGUUGCGGCAGCGAUGGUGCUGCCGCUGUCCGUAAGUGAUCCGCGUACUGCGAGGCAGCGACAUGUCUCUGCCGCUGCUGCUGCUGCAGGCUCACAAUCACCCAGCCACUACUCUGCAUCACAGUAUCAUCAUCAGCAGCAGCAGCAGGGCAGCAAGAACGGCGGCGGCGGUGGUGGCAGACCAUCGCACCACCAAGUGCCUGUUGACCCGCGCCAUGCGGCCUUGCAGCAUGGCCCUCGCCACUCCGGUGCACCACCACUGCCCACCAUCACCGAUCCACAUGCCAUGCAGCACGCCGCUGAUCAUGGUGUCGGCCCAAGGCAGCCGCCGUACGCCAACCAGACACCCACUACUCUCUCAUCGCAGCAGCAACAGCAACCCAGUCGUGUUGACCCGCGGCAACAGAGCAAAGUCGUGGCCGAUCCACGUCAGGAUCCUCGUCAGGACCCACGCCGCGCUGCUCACAUGCCCAGUGCAUCUGCUUCUGCUGCUGCUACUCCUGCAUCGGUGGAGCCACCGCGUCAUGCCUUAGCAGGUAGUGAUCCCAGACACGUCUCUGCCGCUGUCACUGGCAACACUGGCUACUACUCUGCCACGCCGCCGUCAGCUGCAGCAGCUGAUACAGCUUUGUCUGGCCCACGUGAUCCUCGUGAUCCUCGGCUCCGAUCUGCUACAGUGGCGCCGCCCGCUGUUGACUCUACUCCUGUAGGAACAGGGCCAGCGCCCGCAGAGCAGCCAUCGGCAGCUCUGGGUCCACGGCGCAGUCUCUUGCCUACUCCGGAUAUGAAACCCGGCUCACCGCUGCGCCAUGGACAUGUGCGUCAUUCCUCGCAGCAUAACGAGCCGCAUUCUCAGCAGCAGCAACAACAGGCGCAUGCACACCAAGGCGACAUGCCUGCCGCAGUAAGCAACAACAGCAGCAGUGGUCGUGACCCGCGCACUGACCCGCGUCGCACCGCUGCUUCUGCUGCAGGCACGCAGCCGUCGUACCCUACGAUGUAUAACAGCAGCAGCUCAUCCAUUGAUGGACAAGGUUCUCUGCUUCAGCAACAGCAGCAGCAGAUGCAUUAUCGUGCCUCAGAGGCAGCAGUACCUGCCCCGUAUCAGCCAGCACAGUCUUCAUCUGAGGCCAGUUAUCACGGGCCUCGACGUGGCGUGACUGAUCCUCGCUACAAAGGACAACACGACGGCAUUCACUCUCAGCAACACCCGACUGGUGACAAUCAGCAAGACCUGCAGCAGCAGCAGCCUUCUGGCUAUCACGCACGGCUCGCGGAUUCUUUCCGACACAAUGACCCGACCGCCUCACCUUUCUCUUAAUGCUGCAUUGCAUCAUCUCUCUGUCGCUUUUGUCUUCUCUCUUUGUGUUCCAUGUACUGAAUAAUUAUAGCAAUGAUUUGCUUUUUCCAAGCCAACCAAGUCUUGCUUCUUCUUUUUUCUCUUUUUAACCCUAGCAAACUGGAGAGGAGAACAUGUAUUCGUAUUUUACUUACAACCUUACCUAACACACUCAGCGUUUCUCUCUCUCUCUCUCUCUCUCUCUCUCUCUCUCUCUCUCUCUCUCUCUCUCUCUCUCUCUCUCUCUCUCUCUCUCUCUCUCUCUCUCUCUCUCUCUCUCUCUCUCUUUUCUCGCUCUCUCGCUCCAACCCUGCCUUCAGUUGUGAUGCAUGGUGCCUGUUAUAGGAAGUUGUUAUUUUUAUGGUGUCUGGUGAAGCCCUUUACUCCACAGACAGCCCUGCUUUGUUUUGACUUUGAGCCUCUCCUUUUUUUAUUGUCUAGUAGUACUGCUGGGACUGACAUUGUGUGUUCUGCUUGCUACCAGUAGAUGACGACAGACUGAGUCGUUGGACUGUUGAAUCUGAGUUUUACCACAAGGAAGCUUUUUUUAGUCAUCAACUCUAGGAGCCCCGGAAGGGCUGCGUUGGCAUGUGUGCCUUUUUUUACAUUUAUACGUUUCUUCUCUCUACCCUAUUACCUGAUUACCGCCUAUAAUAGUAUCACGGUGAAGUGCUUAGUAACUACUAACAACAGUGCUAUGGUCGGUCUUUGGUUACUGUUGAUCAUGAUCAUCCUAAAAUCUAA